GGUUUGUUUUUUCCCGGGCUAUGAAUAAUGGGCCUGUUGGCUCUAAAUUGAGCCUAGUGGGCUGGGCAAUAACUAAGGCUUUGUUUGGGUUCGGUCAUGCAAGUUUAUUAUCCGUCUCUCUGCUUCACAAGUUUAUGAUCAUUUUUAUCAUUCUUGUACAGAGCUUCAAAACUAAGACAAGGAUAGAUAUAUCAUAUAUGUAUACGCUCACAGCUAUUUCUCCUGCAUUCUUAAUGCCAAGAAAAUGUAGAGCUGCAAUGCAUUUUACGGUUUCCGCAAGCGAUUUCCCUCCGUUUUUACCUAAAGAAGUUCAAAAUAUUGAAGACCCUUUUGCAAGAAAGUUGGCUACAAGAAUUGAAAGGCUUCCUGUCCAGGUUAAGUUCUCCAACCAAGAAAUUUGUAUCAUGAGUAGCUGUGUGAAGCCACAAAUACAAAGCCAGACAAGUCCAGUUGUUCUUCUUCAUGGUUUUGAUAGUUCCUGUUUAGAAUGGAGAUACACAUUACCAAUGCUUGAGGAAUCUGGUUUAGAGACUUGGGCUAUUGACAUUCUUGGCUGGGGCUUCUCUGAUUUAGAAGAACUGCCAUCAUGCGAUGUUGCAUCUAAGCGCAAUCAUUUGUAUCAGUUCUGGAGAUCCCACAUAAGAAGGCCUGUCAUCAUGGUUGGACCGAGCCUUGGUGCUGCUGUUGCGAUUGACUUUGCUGUCAACUACCCGGAAGCUGUAGAUAAACUGGUUUUGAUUGAUGCAAGUGUGUAUGCGGAAGGCACAGGAGACCUAGCAAAGUUGCAGAAACCAUUAGCAUAUGCUGGGGUUUAUUUAUUGAAGAGUGUCCCCCUUCGCUUAUAUGCUAAUUUUCUGAGCUUCAGUGGUAUAGCAUUGAGUACAGCAAUAGACUGGAUGAAGGUGGGCCGCCUACAUUGUCUGUAUCCUUGGUGGGAAGAUGCAACUGUGAAUUUUAUGACUAGUGGUGGCUAUAGUGUUAUUUCUCAGAUAAAGAAGGUUGAAAAGAGGACACUGAUAAUUUGGGGCGAGGAUGAUCAGAUUGUAAGCAACAAACUAGGGGUGAGAUUACACUGCGAACUUCCGAAUGCGACCAUCCGACAGAUACCAGAUUGUGGACACAUUCCUCAUGUGGAAAAACCUGAUUCUGUAUCCAAAUUGAUCAUGGAGUUUGUCGGAGAAGACGUUUAUAAAGAGGUUCAGACCGCUGCUCUCUAAUGAAAGUCUACAUUUUUCUGCAGCUUACUGUUUCUUAGGUUCUUUCCAUAGCAUUUAGUACCCCGGAAUUGCGUUUAUCCAUACAUCAUUAUUCGAAUCGAUAAAUUCAAUAUAGUUGAAGUUUGUACAAUGAUCAUUUGAACUAACCCUCAAGAGAAUUUCUUGAUUUAAUAUCUAAAAAACAUUAGACAUAAA